AUGGUGGAAGCUCUGAAACUGUUGAACCUAACAUGGCACCCACUAAAGAACCAUUUCUUUCACUUCUCCACUUGCGCAUUUCGUCGAACACCUCGCACCCUUCUUAUCCGCGCGUCCUCUUCUACAACUGCCGCCUCGGGUCGCAACCGCCGGAGCUCUGCAUCCUCCCCCGCCACUUGCACCUCCGAUAGGGAGGCAAUUCGAGCCAUCCGCUUGAAAAAGGUUGAAGAAAUUAAAAGCAAGGGACUCAAUCCCUAUGCUUAUGAAUGGAACAAAACACACAGUGCAAAACAGUUGCAAGAUAUAUAUAAAGAUUUAGCAAAUGGUGAGGAAAUUAAUAGUGAGAACGAUCAUGUUUCUAUUGCGGGAAGAAUUAUCGCAAGGAGGGCAUUUGGGAAGCUUGCCUUUUUGACACUAAGGGAUGAUUCAGGAACAAUUCAGCUCUAUUGCGAAAAGGAGAGACUUGUAGAUGAACAGUUUGGGCAAUUGAAGGCACACGUUGAUAUUGGUGAUAUACUAGGUGCAAAAGGAACAAUAAAACGCACAGAAAAAGGAGAACUUUCUGUGUGUGUGCUAUCUUUUGCAAUCCUUACGAAAUCUUUGCUUCCAUUGCCUGACAAAUAUCAUGGUCUAACUGAUAUAGAUAAACGCUAUCGCCAGAGGUAUGUAGAUAUGAUUGCAAAUCCAGAGGUAGCUGAUGUAUUCCGCAAAAGAGCAAAGGUUGUAUCAGGAAUACGAAGGACAAUGGAUUCUUUAGGUUAUGUUGAGGUAGAAACUCCAGUUUUGCAGGGAGCAGCUGGGGGAGCAGAGGCCAGACCAUUUGUUACAUAUCACAAUUCUCUUGGAAGGGACUUAUAUUUGAGAAUUGCAACAGAAUUGCACCUAAAGAGAAUGCUGGUGGGUGGGUUUGAAAAAGUAUAUGAGAUUGGUCGAAUUUUUAGAAAUGAAGGAAUUUCAACUCGUCAUAAUCCUGAGUUUACAACUAUAGAGAUGUAUGAAGCAUACUCAGACUACCAAAGCAUGAUGAAUUUGGCAGAGGAAAUUGUCACUCAAUGUGCUCUGGCAGUUCAUGGGAAGCUUACUAUUGAUUAUCAGGGAGUGGAGAUAUGUCUGGAAAAGCCAUGGAGGAGAGAGACCAUGCACAAUCUUGUUAAAGAAAUUUCUGGGAUCGAUUUCAAUGAAUUGGGAAAUGAUCUUGAGGUUGCAAAACAAGCUACUUUGGCUAGCCUUGAAAAUAAUCUUGAUAACAAGGAUAAAGCUUCCAUUGAAGCAUGCCAAUCUGUUGGCCACCUCCUUAACGAGGUUUUUGAGUUAUUUGUAGAACCGAAGCUUAUCCAACCUACAUUUGUUUUAGACUACCCAAUUGAGAUAUCUCCGCUGGCUAAACCACACCGCAGGUCCACAGGUUUGACUGAGAGGUUCGAACUUUUCAUUUGUGGUCGUGAACUAGGCAAUGCAUUCUCGGAAUUGACCGAUCCUAUAGAUCAGAGAGGACGUCUAGAAGAUCAAGUUAAACAACAUGAAAAGAAAAGAGCCGUUGUUUUAGCAAAUGGAGAUAAGAAAGAAGGAAUAGAAAAUGAUGAUGAAUCAUAUGAAGUGACUCUUGAUGAAGAUUUCCUAACAGCUUUGGAAUAUGGAAUGCCUCCAGCCUCUGGAAUGGGACUUGGAAUUGAUAGGCUCGUGAUGCUUUUGACAAAUUCUCCCAGUAUUAGAGAUGUAAUACCCUUCCCAGUACUCAAGCUCCAACAAUAG